AGUCUCUCUCACCUAUAAUGGCAGAGGAGCAGAAUCCGUUCACGCUGCCUGCGGAUGAGGAGAUAUUUCUGCUUCGGGAGGUAGAGCGUCGGCAGCACCAUGAGGAACGAGAAAAGCAGAAAUCCCUGCACGUGUGGGAGAAGGGCACCAGCUGCAGCCGGAUGCGCAAUAUCCGCCACGUCAAGGAUGACGAGAAACCCACCGCACCGCCAGCUGCUGGGGCUGCUGCGCAGCAAGAUUCACUCGCGCUCUCGGGCGCCAAGAGGGGCAGGGAGGGCGGCCCCCCACAACCCAAGUCGGCAGCAGCUCAAAAGUUCCUCCCAAUGGUGCCCACGGGCGCCAGCUUCCCACGAGAGAUGCGCAGAGAGAAAGAGGACCUUCGCAGCUUCAUCGGUAAUACUCACAUACACACACACAUACAUACAUACAUGCAUACAUACGUACAUACAGACAUACAUCAGGAGGAAGGGAGGGACACAAGCAGACAGGACAGCAUCCACACCCUCUCAACGUGAGAUAGUUUUCUGUAUUGUGCUUUAUGUGUGCUGCACGGGUCCCUUGGCUGGUUGGUUGGUUGGUUGGUUGGUUGGAUUCGUUGGCUGAUUGGCUGCUUGGCUGGUGCUGAUGCAUCCAUCAGCCAAGAAGCGGGAGAUGUUUUUGGUGCAGAUGUCGUUGGACAUCAAGAAGGCCGAGAUCCUCAAGCUGCACGAAAAGGCAGCCAUGAAGGAGGAGGCACUCAAGAAAUCGCAGCAAAUGCUCGAGGAAGACGUGACCAGGUAUCUACAUACAUAUACAUCCAUGCGGCAGGCACCACGGACGCUCGCAGCCCUGGACUCAUGGGGUGUGUGUGUUGGGGUGUAUGUGGUGUGCAGGUUUGACGCGUUCUUGCACGCCAACGACGCCAAGGCGCAUAAAGCAAUGAAGGUGUGUCAGUCAGUGAAUUAGUGAGUAAGUGUGGCAGCCUCCUCCCCGCCAGCCAGUCAGCCAGCCAGCCAGCCAGCCAGCCAUGGGAUCAACACUUGGGGAGUGAGUAGCCAGCGAUUUCAUGUGUCGCUGCGGAAUUUUCUGUUGUUGCGGUGAAGCAAGCCGAGUCUCUGAUGAAGAUAAAACAGGAGAAGGUGCAGAGGAUAAAACAGCUCAAAGGACAAAUAUCGGUCGGUGCCUGCAGCGGCCGCAUAGCAUACACACUAUAUUUUGUUGCGUGGGUGCCCUUUAUGUACGUAUGCGUAUGGAUGGCUGGCUGGAUGGAUGGAUACACACAUGCAGGCGAUUCAGUCAGAGAUAUCAAAGCAGCGUGAGCAGAAGGAGGAGUGCAUCAAGUUCAAGCACUUCCUUGAUAGACUCACGCCGCAGGAGUGGGUCGACGAACAAAUAUGCGUCAAACAAGACAGAAAGGCCAAGAGAAAACAGGUCAGUCACUUUGUUCAUCGGCUGUUCCGUCUUGUGCGCGACCCAAUGUCUCGUUGGUUGGUUCAUUGAAGUGUGUGUGUGUGUGUGUGCGACGCCCAACAAACAGCGUUGGAUCCAGAUGCGUUUGGAAGAAAUCAAUCGAGCCCUGGCUAAGGACGUCGAGGACAUCGAAAGGUCACACUGACAGACAGAUAGACACGAUUGGAUGGAUGGAUGGAUAAAUGGAUAAUUGGACGCCCGCCGAGAAGUCGUAUGGUUGUGCGCCUCUCUCUCUGUGUGUGUGUGUGUGUGAUACGACAGGGAUGCUGAGAGGGAGUGGCAGCAGGAGGAGAAGAAGAGGAAAGGCAAGGCACUCGAGGACGGUGAGUGAGGAAACAAACGAGCCAUACAACAAACGGAUCCAUUAGAUUACAGCCAGCCAGCCAUCUUCAACCAUGCAUACAUCCAUCCAUGUACGUACGUAUGUAUCGAUCGAUCAGCCAGGCGUGAAAUCGAGGACCGUGCUGACCGCCGACGCAAGGCGAGUCGGCGCAAAUACCCCACGGCGGCUGAGCUGGACAAGGAGUAUGAGGAUGUCAGCAGUGGGGACGAGCUCCCGCUCUACUUCAAGGAACCCAAACAGCUCCUUGACAUAUUCACAGUAAGUACCCACACACAGACACAAACCCAAUCCAUACACAAGCGGGAGACUUACCCGUCAGGGUCCACACACACAUUCUCCGUCGGUUGGCUAACCGGCUUGCCGGCCCCCUGGCUGCCAUGGUUGUAUGUAUUGUGUGCAGGCGCUUGAGGAACAGAAUUUGUUUCUGAUCCAGAAUGCCCAGGAGACCGAGCAGGCCCUGGAGGAAGUGGACCAGAAGUUCGCUCAGACGCGAAAGAUCAUGGGCGGAAAGGCAGAAACACUCAGGGCCAACAUUGUUGAACUUGGUCAGUCACUCAGUCAGUCAUGUCUCCACGUACAUUCGAUGGAUGGAUGGAUGGAUGGAUGGACGGUGUGUCGUGUGGCGUGUUUGUGUGUUUGGCUGCAGAGAAGCAGGUGAAUGAGGAGCGUCGUCACUGUGAUGAGCUCAAGGAGACCCUGCGGCAAAAGUCGGGCAGCAAAGAACAAGAUGCAGUCCUCAAGGAACUCGCAGCCAAGGUACACAGGCAGGUAGAGGCAGCCAGCCAGCCAGCCCGGCUGGCUUCACAGAAGCACGAGCCGGAUGAGACACCGGAAUGAUUUGUGUAUGUGUCUGUGGCUGGAUGUGUGUAGGUGUCUGAGGUGUAUUUGGCGUGUGGGUUUGACAUCGAUCACGAUCCCGACCCGCUCAAGAUGCUCGAGGCCAUCGAGGCCAAACUGGAGGAACUACUUGCACAACUUGACGAGUGUGAGGGUGAGCAACCGUCGCUCUGUGUCUCCCUCCCUGGCAAGCCACGCCUCUCUCCCUCUUGUUUCUGUCUCCGUGUGUCGCGUGCGCGUGUGUGUGUGUGGGCGUGUGUGUGUGCAUCUAUAUAGGUGUGAAUGCUGAGUUGGUGCGUAGUCUUGAGAGGGAGAAGGAGAAGGAGCGCCGCGAGGCGGUGCGUCAGCACAAGAUCGAGAUGCAGCACAAGAAGAACGAGGAGCGGCUCAGGGCCAGCCUCAAGCGUUCACAGGAGCCAAUCAAGAAGAAGAAGGGCAAACCAGUCAUGUUCAGAUCCCCACCCGAGCGACGAGACAACCUACGGGUCACCAGCGUCGACACAGAGGUCCCUUCACGCACUCGACUCGAUCGACAGACACCUCACUCUCCCAGCUCACAUAUUCAUCUGUCUGAUUCCUUUCGUGUGCAGGCGCUUGAGAGGGAACGCGAGUAUGCCCUGUUCUUCACCUGAACGGUGCGUGUACAUACAGAGAUGCAUACGGAUACGUACAUGCAUGCGCGGAUAUGCAAUGGACAUACGUGCCAAUGAAUACACGUGUCUCUUUCACGCGGCCGAUCGCCUCAGUCGACAGUUU